GGGGCGCUGUGUGGACGAAGAGGGGUCCCCCCCCAACCCCCACCACCAACACCGCCGCCGCUCCUCGCCUGAGCGCCGCCUCCAUCUCACCCACGGGUCCCCCGGGGUUCGCACCGAGGGGCUUCAUCGGGGGUAGCUAAGGGGGGUAGCUAAGGGGGGGUCCCAGUGACACUCAGCACCCCGAACAGCCCCCCCCCCAUCCAUCAUCUUAUCAACCCAUCACUCUCGCACCAGCUCGCCAUCACCACCGCCAUCACCACCGCCGCUGCUGCCCUCGCGAUGGCUGGGAAUGUCGCGGUCGGCGCCUUUACAAUGGCGCUGCUGUUCUCCGUCUGCCUGGGUCAGUCUGCCUGUGUCCUGGGUGACGCCGCCGCCACGCAGGUGGAGGCGGAGGAUGGAGUGGUGGAAGACGACGUGGCGGAGGUGGAGGACGACGCGGCGGAGUCGGACGGCAUGGUCGAGAUUCCCGGCGGCGUAUUCAGGAUGGGCACGGACGCGGAGGACGCACGCGACGGGGAAGGCCCCUCCAGGCCGGUGGCGGUGGCCUCCUUCUGGCUGGACCGCCGCCCCGUCACGAACGAGCGGUUCAGGGAAUUUGUGCGGAGUCGGAGGUACCGCACGGAGGCCGAGGGCUUCGGCUGGAGCUUCGUGUUCCAGGACUUCGUGCCGGAGGAGCUCAAGAGUAAAGUGACACAGAGGAUCGAGAGCGCGCCCUGGUGGAUGCCUGUGGAGAGAGCCUACUGGCGGCAGCCGUUCGGCCCGGGAUCAGGCAUCCGCGACCGCCUCGACCACCCGGUGGUGCACGUCAGCCUGCGCGACGCCACCGCCUUCUGCUCCUGGGCCGGCAAGCGUCUGCCCAGCGAGGAGGAGUGGGAGCGCGCCGCGCGGGGACGCCGGCUCGCUACCGCAAGCGAGUACCCGUGGGGAGAGAACUUUGAGACUGGACGCGCCAACCUCUGGCAGGGCGCUUUUCCCGAUGCAGAUGCCGCGGCGGACGGAUUCCACGGCACCAGCCCCGUGGACGCGUUCCCGGCACAAACCGACUUCGGCCUGCGCGACAUGGUGGGCAACGUGUGGGAGUGGACCGACUCGGAGUUCGCCAACCCUGGCGCGCGCUCCCAGCCGAUGAGCGUGCUCCGUGGGGCGUCCUGGAUCGACACGGCUGACGGCUCGGCCAAUCACAGGGCUCGCGUCACCACGAGGAUGGGGAACACCCCCGACUCCGCCUCCGACAACCUCGGCUUCCGCUGCGCCCGAUCUCUCGACGACGGCCGGGCCACGGAACCGCGGUCACGCGGCCGGCCCGACGAGCUGUGAGCCGCCGCCGCCGGGCCAUCGGCGUGCCACCGGAGCCAGCGUCGCCGCCCUCCGAGGGGGGAGCACGGAUCCCCGCCGCGGUCACGCCUCGGCCAUUGUUGGCGAGGACACGGCGGCCGCGGGGCGGUCGCUGGCGCGAGAAACCGAUUAAAGCGCCCGACUCGCACCAAACCCGACUUUUCACAUUGCUGCUUCCCGGGAGCCUGCAAACACGAAUGCAACGUUCACACACGCGGCUUUUGACGGCAGCAGCGGAAGGAGCACGCCAAGCCGAACAGGCGGACGCUUGCAGUCGAGCCGCGGGAAACCGUCAGGGCAAGUUGCGGAGCGUCGGUGGCAUGGGGCCCUGGUUGCAGGCCCGGCACCUGGGUCCCUCCGGCCUGUGGGCCCCAGCGAAGUUUCACCGCCCGCACGCUUGAUCGCUACACCACCGGUUAACCCGAAGGCCCCCCCCACCCCUGCACUGGGGGGAGUGAUGGUUGUCACACGGGGUAUACGGGUCCCUUACUGGGUUUACAAUUAGUCCUGCAUUUGUGCGGGAAUAGGUGGCGUUAAUUUGAGGUGGCGUCGUUUGGGACGUCUACUCGAUGCAAUAAAAAAAUUUAAUAUCUACUUUCAGAUGUCUCGCCAAGGACCAACGGUAAUAUUUCACCAUCACGAUUACGGCCGUCAUCUGUUCCGAUGCCGGAUGAGGAAGGCCUCGGCACGCCGUCAUCAACAUUAAAUAAAAGAGGUGAAAUGGA